AUGAAGCCCGUAAAGAAACAACGCGAGAGGCCUUCAAAUACAUCUGGCAUCUUUGACGACGCGAAAGCAAGAAGCAGGUUGGGUUUGUGCUGGAUGGAGAUAGCGCGCACGACGCGUACAGUCGGCCAACUGAUCGUCCUCUCAUCUUACUCCCCAGUUCAGAUGGACAAAGCUCUCUCGCUCCCUGAAAUACGGCACCAACUAUGCGAACAGAUCACCAUACAAGGUACACUGUUCAAUCUGGCCCAGACCUCUACCUCGUUCCAGCAGCCUUCCUUAAAUCGGCUGUGGUCGGGCGAAAUCGCACCUAUACCAAUAUCCCAUCUUCGCCACGUUGUCGACCCCAACGCUAUCGUCAUGGUUGAGGAAAGAACGAAGGUUGGAACGAUCGUGGACUUGAACCUCGGUUCUGAGGACUGGGAUCGAAUCUCCAUCCAUACAAAACGGAUUGUUCACAUGUCGAUAAAUCAUGUCCCAUCCCUUGAACCCGACUUCCACCAUUCGGUGCUUGUGAAGCUGUUAUCGACGUCCUCAAGUCUCGAGGGAGGUUUCCCGCGACUGCGACACCUCAUUGCGGGCUACAGCAGCAGGUCCAGCAGAACCGAUGAUCUCCACACUUACAUCCGCUUCUUUUCUCCACAACUCUUGUCUGCGACUGUCGUAUGCGACCCCGAAAGCAGGCCGAAGAUGGUGAAGACUCUUCUGGAACGAUGCCCAGAUCUGCAGCGUCUGAGCGUGAUAGACGAACACGAGACUAUGAACUCGCCUGAUUCAAUGUCUCGGGUAUCUUCCUUGGUCACCCGUUUUCUCUCUUUGUCGACGCUAAAAUGCUACAAUCUCAGCCGAGAGGCCCUGUUGAACAUCUCUCGUUCAUCCCAUCUCCGCCAUCUCGUUCUCGCAAAUCAAGAUUGGGAUCAAACUAUCAGUAACGCGUUCGGCCUUCCGUCUUUCACGCUUUCGUUCCCAGCUCUUCAAAUACUCGAGUUGAACCCGCACGAAUCUGCCUCUGUGAUAACGUUUCUCAGUAGACUCGAAGCAAUUCCUCGGAUCCUCAAGAUAGUUGGCUCAGACCUGUCGAUCAAUGUCGAUGAGAUGCUAGAGAUCUUCAUGGUUCUGUCUCAAGCUCGACGGACACAGCUAUCGGAACUGACCUUAGACGCGAGGUACUCCGCGACAGACUCUGAAAACGUCAUCACAAUGAGUACGCUCAGGCCGCUCAUGCAACAUCGUGAACUUCGCAACCUUUCGAUCAAUCUUCCUCACGUUAUAUCACUCUCUGUUGAUGGCAUCCAGGAGUUCCGUCAGGCGUUUCCAAAUCUCGAGAAGGUCCAAUUCAAUCCAUCGUCUAAGUCAUCGAUAUCGCUGGAUUGGCUUUUCGCGCUCUCUCGCGAGUGUCCUAAACUAACCGACGUCACGCUCCCCCUGGACGUAUCCACCCAGAACAUGCAAGCCAUUCAUCCGAAUGCACCGGCGGAGCGAUCCCACCUUCAACAUGCUCUUCUAUCCCUGCAUGGUACCACAAACAUCGACAUUCUUUUGCAGACGACUGCAGCGCACUUUCCAUCGAUGACAACGCUAACUUUGGAUGAGCUCCGGAGCUCCGGAGACGACUCGGACGAGGAUACAGGAGCAGUAACGAUGGCGUGUAUCGCGCCGCUUCUACAACUCGACCAGAUCCGAUCCCUGUCUCUUCAUCUCGCGCGCGUCUUUCAGCUCACGGACACCGAUGUUCUGCAUAUCGCCACAGCUUUCCCCCAUCUCACCUGCUUAGAGCUCGGCGGCUGGUCUUCCGAUAUGCUGAACAGCCUCGUGGUCACCAUUGACACGGUGUUAGCCCUGACAGACCUCUGCCCCAGCUUGAGCGAGCUCACGAUCCGUGUCGACACCACAGACUGCUUCAACAGGUCUAGCCUUGAGCAGCGUCUCGAGGUACGAGAAGGCCGUCCCAAUAAGGUCCUGAAGAAGCUCGACUUCCUUUAUUCGACAAUCAAGGGCAAGGACGUUGGCGAUCUCGUUAUCCUCUUGGCGGUCGUCUACAAGCGCCUCAGCUCCCUAUCUAUCGGCGGAUCCAUCUUCUUCCGCCCUGCAUACUUUCUGGUGGAGAAAUUGUUCAGAGCGGUUCGGGGGGUAGAGAGGUUUCGAGAACUCGGUGUACGUGACAUCCCCAGGCUGCGCGCGGCUCUGAAGCCUAUCCUUGAAGAACAGCAGAGGCCCAUCGCGGACUUUAAUUUCCCAGAACUAAGAGUAUUACCUGACGGAGACUCUAGAGGUCGUGGGUGUUUUGGAAACCGCGGAUUUGCCGCUCGUUGCAUCUUGCUUCCCUCCACGAUUGCAGCACCAGGAUACAGACCAACCAUGCAUUCGGCACUCAAAUUGACAGAAAUCCUUGAAGAGGUCUUUUCUUGCUUCGACGACAUGGACUCCCACACCCCGUUUUCUCCUCCCUAUUCUCGUUUCUUGCGCGGCAGAACUCUGGCCCGUCUCGCGCGUACAUGCAAGGCCUUCAAAAAACCUGCUAUUGAUGAGCUUUGGUCAGAUAUUCCUGCUUUGACGAUAUAUGAGUGCUUGUUACCUCAUUUGACGGUCAUGUGGAAAGAUGGUGACCUCGAUCCGUACGAGUGGCGCAGUCGGGCUGCGAAUAAAACAUGGGUAGCAGAUGUCCGACCUCUUUCCAUUACCGACCAGCUUAACGUGGUGGAGUACACUAGUGCCAUCCGUAAAUUGCGCUUUGCUUCAUUCACCGAGACAGCUAUCGCGCCUCCAGCUCUUCGCGCACUACUUUCCCUGCCAGGAGGUGUCGAGGCUGCGUUUCCCCGACUGAACCACGUUCACGUUGGUCAUUUUUUGCCAUCCCUUCUUCAAGUAUAUCUUUCGUUUGUUGCCCACGUGGGAAGCAUCCACAUAGACUCUUUCAACGUUGAUGAUGACCUCACCGAGUUUCUCACCGGUUUCACGACUCGGGAAGGACCGCCUGUUCGGGGGAUGGAUUUAUCGCUUUUCUAUUCAGGAAGCGAUUCCGAUCCGGAAUAUCAAAAUCUGCCGCCAGCGUUAUCUCAGGCUAUCAUGCGCUGCCAGCACCUUCGCACACUUAGAUGCGCUGAAAUGGAUCAAGCAACUCUAGUGCACCUAAGCCAGCUCCCAUCGCUUACCUCUCUUGAACUAGAGAUCAUUUACGACAUCCGCUCUACGCCCACAUUACCAUUUCCAUCUCUGAAGUCACUCACACUGGACUUUCGACUCUACGUCUAUGCUGUAUUUUUCAUCUUCAAACUAGCUCGCAUACCCUCCUCCAUCACGCUGCGGACUAAGGACCAGCCGUCUUCUCACGUAUCUGGCCAAUUGUUCAAGGUUUUGUCACGGCGAUGGCACUCCGAAGCUAAGCUGCAACACCUCACGCUCAGCCACACACACUUUGAGUGGCACCCCACCGAUGACCAGCCAACCACGAUUUCGACCAUCCGGCCUAUUCUGAGGUUCGCAGACAUGCGGAUCUUCGACUGGAUCUUCCCAGGCGAGAUCCACCUGACGGACGCGGACGUGGCGCUCAUUACGGGGGCAUGGCCGCUCCUUGAGCAGCUACGCAUCCAGUCCCUCUCCAAGGACUACGUGCCCACUACCACCCUCGGCAGCGUAUUCAUCGCAGCGCAUAACUGCCCCCGCCUGGGACGCUUCACGAUGCACGUCGACGCGUCACAGUUUGCCGAUGUAUACACAAAGGACGCCCACGCAGAUCUGUUCCGUCGUGAGCGUAUGAAGGCGAUCGAGCUCGGAAGGUCCUUCAUCGACGCGAGGGGGUUGGCUACCAUCGCUGCCGCUUUCGCGCAGGCGUUUCCUCGCCUGAGUUUCAUCCAACUGGAUAUGCCUGUAGCUGACGAAGACAUCGACGACUCGGAGGCGAUAGACGUCGACGAAUCGGAGGAGAGUCAGGGGACAGACACCGACGACUCGGAAGCAACAAACUCGGACAUCGACGACUCGCAGGCGAGAGACACCGGACCGAGGCCGUAUGGAGGACGUCUCCUCAAAGCCAUUGAAACGCUGCGCCAGGCUAAAGAAAGCUGGAGGAUCACUUCGUGGACCGAUGAAGCAGCACUAUCCAUUCUCGUUCGGUACUUUGAGGCUUCGUGGAAUACGGACAGAAAGGGAACGUACAGUAACUACGACGAGAUUCUGUCAUGUCUUUGAGUCUGCGG